UGGGACGGUGUAACCAUGGGAGAGCUUUACUUUCUAUGCAAAUAGAUGGGUCUUGGUUCAAAGACUCUCAACAAGCAGAGAUGGGUUAGUGCUUGGACAAUGAUUCUUUGUAAAGAAAAAAAUAAAAAAAAAAUGAAAAUUGUAUUCAACGUGUUUGGAAGUCGUGUAGUUUGUACAUUAUCACCACUCACUUCUAAAAUUACCAUUUUACCCGUCUACUGUUCAACUAGAUUCGCAUAGCUAAGGCACAAAAUACAGGAUCUUCCUCCUGAAAACCAUCAGCAAUUCAGCAACAUUCAUUUCUUCUCUCUCUUCCUCAAAUACCAACCACAAUUUAAUUCACAAAUUUCAACGUUAAACUCAAACAUUUUAACUUCAUCAUCUAAUCGGUUUAAAAAAAAAGAAUCAGAUCAAAAUAUCAAAUUCCUUGUUUUUGGAUAAAAAUGGCGAAUUGCAGUGAGAUGUCUGCAUUUACAUUCUCAGACUUCCCAGAAGAUGUGCAACUUUGCAUCUUAUCAUUCUUAACACCAACUGAAAUCUCCGCCUUUGCCUGCACCUCGAAACGUUUCAUAUCGCUGUUUCUAAACGGCGGCGUUUGGUACGCCAUGUGUGGCCGAAGGUGGGGUUCGAAGACCCAGAUCAGAAAAUGGGGCGACGGAAAAAUCGGGUUCAAACUCCUCUACAAGACGUUGUCGGAGUACGAGAAUCUUGUCGGAUUUUGGCGGAGAAGCGGCGGAAUUGCCGGCGGAGGAAUCUUCGGCGACGCCCCUCUUGUGUUCUUCGAGUGGGGUGAAUCCUGUGUAACAGGGUCUAGGUUAACACCUUCCAAAGAUGGUUCUUACAAUGUCAUCAAGUCGCCCUUCAUUCGCUUGAGUUUAUCUGCUGAUGGGCAGCCCUUGAAUUACCUAAUAAAUUAUACCCAAUACAAUGAGAAGGAAUUGGGUUCGUGUUCGAGUUCGAGUUCGGGGAUGGAUUUGAUUCAAGUGAAUGUUAAUUUUAUGGGGAAAGGUCAUGUGGUGUUAGAGGAAAGUAAUUGGAAUUGUGGGAAUUCAGUGGGUUCUCCAAAUGGUAAUGGUAAUGGGAAUAAGAAUUUUGACAAUGUUAUAGUAGGGAGUCCAGAGGUGGAGAUUGGGUCCCCGCCGGACCGGAUGAUGUCGGAGAUGUAUCAGUAUUUUGCUAAUAGGACGAGUCCUGGGGCGGGCGGGGAGCGGGCUUGGAGGCGGCAGAGGAGGAGGGAGAAAGAGAGGCAAGGGAGGAGGAAGUGGGAGCCUGAACAUCUUGUUAAGAUAGUUAAUUGCUCCCCUUCUCCUUCGCGCCCUUUGCAGGGCCUUUGGAAGGGUAUAAACGAUGACAUGAGUCUUGAUUUUUAUCUUGUGGCAUACGAUGACAUUGGAGGUGUCGCCUGUCGAAGAGUUGGGGACUCUUUGCAACCCCUCUCUGGUUAUGCACCUGUAUUUUGGACUUCAAAUGCAACAUUUAUUGAAUCCCCACUAUCUCACGAAGAAGAUUAUGUAUACAAUACCCGGAUGCAUCUUCGGCCUACAGCUGAAGUAGAAGAUGAUAUUUAUGAGUAUUCGCCUUCACGUGUUAUGUACAUCAACUCAAGUUACAACCUUAUUAUUCCCAAUUCUACAGGGAGUUCAACAAAUCCUCGUCAUGUUGAAGGAAGGAUUUGGCAAUAUGUUGAUGGGUCAUUUGGGUUUGGAUUUCUUCGUAACAAUUUUAUCGUGGACAUGAAGCAUAUUGCCCAAGAUGACUAUCUUUUGGAUGCUGCUGAAGUUUAUUGUGGCUGAUCCAUUCUUUGGAUCCAUUUAUGUGCAGAGUUCAGAGACAACUCUAAUGUUUUAGAUAUCGCAGCUUGUGAUUCUAGAUGUUUUAAUUCAUUCUUUCUUUUUUCUUUUAGUAACUUGUAAGUGACUAGGCCCAUAUUUGGCGUGGGGCAACCGAUGAACCGAGGUACCUACCCUAGGCCCUAAAUCACUUGUAGUGUUGUAACAUAUUCUUGUACGAUAUCCCAGUGGUUAUUUUCUAGUUGGGCUAGUUCUAUUUAACCCUAACCAUUCUUUCUUUUAA